AUGGCAAUAUGUGGCAGACGGAGUCGGCCCAAGUUCAUUCUGUACAUUCUCGGGGCGUUUGUAGUCGGAUAUUUAGUGUUUCAUAGGAACACACACAGUGAUGUCGGGCUGGCGAGUCGAAGAGAAGUUCCAGUCGAGGAGCCCAAAAAUGUGGACGAGGAAUUACUGAAGAAACCUGUUUACGAGAAGCCUCCUCUAGACAUAAAUGCGUUGGGAGAGAUGGGUAGAGCUGUUAAACUGGACCUGACUGAAGAAGAGAAGCGAGAGGAGGAGGAGAGCAUCAAAAAACAUCAGAUAAACACUUAUGUGAAUCAUUUAAAAGAACCUCUAGAAAACUACAUCGCCAAUCUCAAAAAGGUGCGUCUGAUCCGUGCAAGGAAGAGAGAGGGUUUGGUGCGAGCGCGGCUCCUAGGGGCGUCCAUUGCCACAGGAGAAGUGCUGACCUUCCUCGAUUGCCACUGUGAGUGUCAUGAAGGCUGGUUGGAGCCUUUACUCCAGAGAAUAAAGGAUGAGCCUUCGGCUGUGGUGUGUCCAGUGAUUGAUGUUAUCGACUGGAACACCUUCCAGUACCUGGGCAACCCUGGAGAACCUCAGAUCGGAGGAUUUGAUUGGCGAUUGGUGUUCACGUGGCACACUGUCCCAGAACAUGAACAGAAACGGAGAAGUUCUGCCACUGAUGUCAUCAGGUCUCCUACAAUGGCUGGGGGUUUGUUUGCAGUCAAUAAGAAGUACUUCCAUUACCUGGGCACAUAUGACACAGGAAUGGAGGUGUGGGGUGGAGAGAACCUGGAGUUCUCAUUCAGAAUCUGGCAGUGUGGAGGGAGUCUGGAAAUCCAUCCUUGCUCUCACGUGGGUCACGUCUUUCCGAAGAAAGCGCCAUACUCGAGAAACAAGGCCUUGGCCAACAGCGUGCGGGCGGCAGAAGUCUGGAUGGACGAAUACAAAGAAAUGUAUUACCAUCGCAGCCCUCAUGCUCGUCUGGAAGCAUAUGGUGAUGUGAUGGACAGACGGAAACUCCGAAUGCAUCUUGGCUGUAAAGAUUUUAAGUGGUUCUUGGAGAACAUCUACCCUGACAUUCAAGUCCCAGAGGACAGGCCUGGAAUGUUUGGCAUGCUGAAGAAUAAAGGAAUGGCCAACUACUGCUUUGACUACAACCCACCUGAUGAUCACAAUAUGGCCGGUCACCAGGUCAUUCUUUACCCUUGUCACGGCAUGGGACAAAACCAGUUCUUUGAGUACUCCACACUCCAAGAGAUCCGUUAUAACACGAGGGAGCCUGCAGGCUGCGUCGUGGCUGAUCCUGUCUCCACAUUCCUUACCAUGCAUCACUGCAGUAAACCCAGGGAAGCUGUGCCUGAAGACCAGAAGUUUCUAUUCAGAGAGGACGGCUCUCUCUACCAUGUUCAGACACAGAAGUGCAUUGAGGCAGUAGCCCGGACUGACACUGGGAACCCUGGCCCCGCUCUCCGGCCCUGCUCCGACUCGGCCUCCCAGAAGUGGUUGUUUGAAGAGAGAACAUAGCAAAGGUUCUCUCUACACUCUUCACCUGCACUACAGUUCAAUGGGCAUUUCAUAUCAGCUGCUCUGACUUCACACCAGUUUAUUGAGCAUUUCAGUUCCUUAAGGAUUAAGGAUUGAUAGUGCCUUCCUGUUAUACGACGUGCACAGUACAGAUAAAUUAAAGAAAAUACAGUAUGUUUUAAUGAUAUAACAUAUUAGAUUUGAACAUUUUUGGAUAGUGUAUUAAAAUUCAUCAUUCAUAAUAGAGUUGUUCGGGUUUAAUCCUAAAACCCUGAGAAGAAUUUCCAUUUUCAUGCAAUGAGUGUUCUCUAAAAUUUUGAAUGAGUUUUGGAUUUUUGAGAAAAAUAAUGUAUGUGUGCUAUAACAUAAUCUGCUGUUCAAAAGUU